AUGCAAACUGUAUUUGAAAAAAUCAUCUUCUACGAGGACAGGAACUUCCAGGGUCGCUCGUAUGAGUGCAGUGGCGAAUGCGCUGACCUGCACUCCCACUUCAGUCGCUGUAACUCCAUCAGGGUGGACAGUGGCGGCUGGAUGGUCUAUGAGAGACCCAACUACAUGGGUUACCAGUACUUCCUGAGGAAGGGUGACUAUCCAGACUACCAGCGCUGGAUGGGAUUCAAUGAUUGCGUGCGAUCUUGCCGCAUGAUCCCGAUGCAACAAGGCUCUCACAGAAUGAUGAUCUAUGAGCGUGCUGAAUUCGGAGGUCAGAUGAUGGAGCUGACCGACGACUGCCCUUUCGUGUUUGAACGCUUUCAUUUCAAUGACAUCUACUCCUGCAAUGUGAUGGAGGGCUACUGGAUCUUCUAUGAACAUCACCAUUACAGGGGACGCCAGUACCUGAUGCGCCCUGGUGAAUAUAGAAGAUUUACUGAGUGGGGAAGCAUGAGUGCUACAGUGGGCUCCAUCAGACGUAUCACUAUGUGA